UAAUGAUAACCUAAAGGCAGAAGAAAUGAGACAGAAUGCUUGUACAUUGACAGGUCCUGCCAUUAUCUGUAGUGGGAGAGAGAGAAUGAAAAACAUUAAAUAUGUGUUCUGGAUGAAGACGAAGAUUUUUCACGCAAGCAUAGCUGAAAUGUCAAGCAUAACAUUCGUAAAUAGGAGUAUUUAUUAACUUUCGCAUCAAAAAUGGAUAAGAAUUGCAAGUUUUCCAUACAAAUCUAGUUAACCAUCUAAUGUUGUGCAAAAUGAAGACCAAUCAGAUCGAAAAUAAGUGUUGAUUUAGCCUUGUGUCAUUGUUUGCUAUGUUAGACGCCUAACAUUGCAAAAUGGAUUUCAUAGACAACUUACUAAAUCAUAUGUCGUCAAAGUUCAAUCAAGAAAGUGCAUUACCAAAACAAGCAGAAAUAUCCAUGGACGAAACUUUUAAAUGGCGAGCGUUGAAAAAUAAUCAAUUUGCCAGUCGUUCCAAGAAUGGUCGUUCGAAAGUAAAAACAAAGGACAAAGAUAAGCACCAAACCCCCAACAGCUCUGAAUUGAGCCCGUCUUCUGAUGAAAAUAACAAAAGUGAUAGUUCCCCGGAUCCCCCAGCAGAAGAAGUGAGUGAGAGCGCUGAAAUCGAAAUUGAAAUCGCGAACGAUAUAAGUGGAGAAGAAAUUCAAGAAGCACUUGCAUCAGCUCAAGGGACCAUCUCGGUGUUGGUUGAAGAAACCAAUAAUCAUAUUGAAGAGGAAUGUUGCGAAGAAGGUGACAAGACUGUAAGCCUCACAAUCAACGAGGUGGAUAUAUGUGAGACUAGUACGUGUACCUUGAACAUUGAAAUUGAGAACGAUGAAAAUUCUGCGGCUGUAAUUCAUAUUGAAAAUGAAAAAGCUCCUGAUCAACAGGAUGUUUGUAAUGAAGAGAAGCAAAUAGAUGAAACUGUUAUUCAAAGAGAAGAAUGUGAGAAUACACCAGAAAAUACGGUACCACAAUUAUUGCCAGAAACCAGCAAUAUAUUCAUUCAUAUGUCUUCAACUUUCAAUGCCACAUGUUUACCCCAGGAUCCGCCUGGCACGGAAACUCCCGAUUUACAAUCAGAACAGAUACAAACAUUAUCCACUGGUGAUACGCAAUUGCCUCCUAUUGAAAGCAAAGAAACUCCUGAAAAUAAUAACAUAGAUGAACACGAAAAAGGACACUCGUCACCGGGGGUUGUAAGAAGAUCUAAGCGUUUGAAGCCUGAUCAAAUGAAGGACUCGGAACUUGAUGACAUGGAACAGCAAUCUGUUCAACCAACACAAACCUUAGAAACGUCGUCUCCAAUAUCCAAUAAACCAAAUAGUGAAACCAGUGAAGAAACCCAUAAUAAUGAUAAUUCAACCAAAGGCACUGAAAGCACUGAUAACAACGUUAGAACCUUAAGAAACAAAUCAAUCGGGAUUAAUGCAAAAAAUACUGCAAAGUCUAAACCAAGCAUAAAGAAGAAGAAUGAUAAUAAUGCAAAGGUAAAUAAAACUCAUCCUAAGCAUGAAAGCAAUGUUUUGCAUGCGAGAAGCAAUGACAGGACACAGAAUAUGUCUACAGCAGCAAGUAAACUCACUAGAAGUAAAUCUAUUUUACGAACAAAUCCAAAACACCAAAAAGCAGCCGAACUAAGAAGUAAUUAUCCUACAAGACAACGGAGUCGUCAUACAGACACUAAAGCAAACCGAAGACGUUCGUCCCGUGUUGGUUCGAACAGUAAAACCCAAGUUAAUGACUUGGACAGGGGAAAUGAUGAGCAUAAAACCAAACAUUCUCAUGAAUCUCAGCGAGAAACUGCCAAAAAUAAAAACCUCAAGGAACACUCACCGAAACAACGGUCAGUUCGAGUUUCUAAGGAUGGAAGUGAUGGUAUUCUGGCUUCGGCAAUUGCCCGAAGAGAAAAGAACGACACGACAGGUAUUCAAGGAAGGCUAUCACGACCCAUAAAAUUGUCAGCUAAAAUACUGGCUAACGACGAACUCCGAUAUGGAUUUGAAUUGCAAAACAGUGCUAGACUAAAUCUCAACUCGGAAAUCAAAGAACCUAUUGACACAGAAGUGAUACUUAAACCUGAUCUACCUGUAUUAUCACCAGAGAAAAAGGAUGCCUGUUUAGAAAAUAAAAUAGAAAUAAAUCAGGACAGUGCAGCAGUUAGUAAACUAGACGCAACCAUUACUGAAAAACCAAACCAUAUAUCACCUAAGGAAAGCAUACAAACAAAAUGCCGUGAUCCAUUAGAUUUUCUCAAUGAGGUGAAACGAGAAAACUUGGGAAGCAAAAAAUCACCAGAAUGCAACAGUAAGCUGAAUAAGGUACAACAACGAAGAUUGCUUAAACUUAAAGAGAAACAUAUGCACAUGCUUGGGUUGCAGAGAACAAACCACAAAUCUUUGACUAAUCCAAGUGAAUGUGAAAAGAUCGAUAAACCAGUCAUCAAAAAUGCAAACGAUGUUUCACAAAAAGAAGCAUUCACCAGCCCUGCGAUGACUUUAUCCAACCAAAGUUUUACACUAAUAGAUAGUCCCCCACUUGAAGACCAAGCAAAAUUUCAAACAGAACAGCCUGCAUCUCGAGUAUCACCUCCUCCUCCACCGGUCCAGUUACAAACUAAGCUAAUAUGCCUUUGCCAAAAAGAUUCCCGGUAUUUUACAACCAAAACGCAAAGUCGUAUGUAUUGUACCGCCGUCGAUGAUAUCGAUGGGCAGCUUAUUGGAUGUCACAACGAAUUGGUUGGUAGUUUGCAAAAUCUGCUGCGUCCCAGUACUAGUGCAAGCUAUCAACUUCUUUGCACUCUGCAUCAGCGAAGGUUGUAUCAUCAUGGGUGCUGUGCUACUUGCGGCAUUUUCUGCACACAGGGAAAUUUCAUCAUUUGUACCAAUCAGCAUCUAUUUCAUCGUGAUUGUGCGGAGAAAUUCAUCAUAAACACCAAAGAAAAAUCUAGUCCAAUAAUUCCAAAGCUGGUACUGAAGUGUCCCCAUUGCAGUUUGGAGAGCAUUAUUCGAGAAUACGAAGUGCGAUUGCAGAAAAGCCCAAUUGUCGAAAUUGUCACUUCACGAUGUUUAGAUACUACGGCAACAACACGACUGCAAAUAUAAACAAAGAUUAUUCUUCAUCAUAACAUUUGAGAUACCAUCAUUGUUUAGGGAUGAUCCUUAGAGGAAUGUGUAGAUCACACGAAUGCCAUUUUUAUUUCAGAUUUUAUUUUUUCUCUUAGACAUCACCGAAAAAAGCUAUGCAUAGAAAAGUUGUCACUUAAAAGAGUGGUAGUUUAUUUAGCCAUUGUAAUUUAUAUCUAUAGAACAUUUGUCGAUGAAGCAAAUAAAAUUAGAAUCAGUCAAAUGGUUCAAAUCACGUGAA